AUGGCCGGCCUGGCAGCUGCCGCCGCCGCGUGCCCAGCUGGCCGCGGCUCCGCGAGUCGCCGCCCAGCUGGAGGUCGCCGCCGCGUGCGCGCCGCGCCGGGGCCUCGCGCCGUGGCCGAGUGCCUCGCGCCGCGCCGGGGCCUCGCGCCUCGCGCCGUGGCCGAGUGCCUCGCGCCGCGCCGGGGCCUCGCGCCUCGCGCCGUGGCCGAGCGCCUCGCGCCGCGCCGGGGCCUCGCGCCUCGCGCCGUGGCCGGGCGCCGCGCCAGGGCCGGGCGCCGCGCGCCGUGGCCGAGCGCCGCGCCGGGGCCGAGCGCCUCGCGCCGGGGCCGAGCGCCUCGCGCCGUGGCCGCGCCCCGCGCCGUGGCCGUGCGUGCUCUCGCCGCCGCCGCCGCUCCCACACUGCGGGCGCUAGGGGAAACCCUAGCGUCGCCCCUUGGCGAGCAGCGCAGCGCCUGGGCCGACACUGGCGCGUUUUUCACUGGCCCCUGA